GCAUUUGUACUCGCCAUGUCGAACCACCACAUAAUACAAGUCAAGGUCGAGGACGAAUUGUUCAAUGGAUCGAAAGACCCGUUCCUUCAUAACGAAGAUGAUUUCUCCGUCGAAGAAAUAAUCCCCAAGAUCCUCUUGGAACGAAAAAGCUUCCUUUCCUUGACAGAAGAAGGUCUCCAGAAGGAGUCCGAAGGACUACUGUUUGGUAUAGAUGCAGUGGAUACAGAAGACGCCACUGAGACCAGUCCGAGUGAUGGUGGUGAAGAAACGAAGGAAAAUGACUCUUCGGAACUCGACCAAAUCCACGAUAUCAAAAUGAACCUCAGCAAAAACAUCAAUUUGGCUCUCAACGAGACAUCGUUGGCCCUCGACCUUGUGUCCCUUCUUCUCAGUGCAACCAAGCCCAGUCUCGCCAAGUCGACCAUUUCUCCACACUUGGCAAAGAAUGUUCCGUUGGGGUCUUUUAGUUCGGAUAGACUCACACCCGAAGAAAAUGCCCCUAAGAACGAUGUUAACGUGAACAAAAUUGGCCAGGGAUGGAAGUAUGAGUCUCUCAGCAAGAUAAAGUCACUUUUUCUGAACAAAAGAGAAGAACUACAGCUCCAGGGCCAAAAAGAGAAAGUGUAUUGGAAUCAGAUUAACAAAGUGUUGAGCAACAACGAGAUUCUCCUCAAAAUGAGAGACCCGGCAGACAAGUCGAAGUCUAUAGGUGUGAAGUACGGGUACGGAGACUCGGGUUCAAGUUAUCAUGACAAAGGAAUAGCCAUUUUACGCAGAAAUCCCAAGACUGGAGAACUCACGUUUGCACCAGUGCUAGAGUCCAACAACAAACUCAUAAAUAAAACAUUCAAGUACGUCAAGGUGAAGAUUCUCAGUAAGGUGGAUGAUGAGUAUACGUUGACAGGUCAAUCGAAGUUUGAGUUCAACUUCAAAGACGAUUCUGCAGGAAGGCUCAUCACCGAUAUUGAAAAAGCCCGGUUUUUCAUCUUUGAAGAGGACCUAUUCUUCCAGCUCACACGCGAAGCCCGCACCCUUAUCAACUACAACGUGCUGAUAAUUGCCGACAAGAUUAUUAUUGAGGUGAACAACGAGAUAAUAGAAAUUGAAACAAUAUCGUACGACGAAACAAGCGAAGACGAUACCGACAGACUCUACCUCGCGGCCAACGAGCAAUCACUGCAGAACGAUCUCAAGUGCCAAUUGAUCUUGAACUACCUCAAGAUCAUGUUGUGUGGGUACUUCAAGUACAACUUGAAUUUGAAGCAGAAGAUUCCCACGAGUUUUACCAAGUUCAAACAGAACAACUCCCACCCGUUGAUUUUGCGGCCAUUGAUUGGUCAUUUCAAGCACGAGGCAUACGUGGACAAGCUCAGCACGCUCAUGGCGGAAGCUAUGGAGAAGUACAAACACAAGUUGGAGUUUGAGUUUAUUGUCAGCAAGUAUGAGAACAUCAAAAACUUGACGAAAAUUGAAACCCCAUUUAUCAAGUCGAUCGAGAAGCCUAUAUCGAGGUUCAACUUGAUCAUCAAAAACCCUGUCAACAAGAAGUGCCUUAAAGUUGACGUGGACUUGACGACGAGUGAGAUCUUUGUGAACUUGAUAUUGCACUUGAAGAUUAUACGGUAUGAAAAGGUAGAGAACUUGAACCUCAACGAGAAGGGAACCAACGUGUUGAAGUUGACGUUCAGUGACUUCACCGAGGUCGACCAGUCGGUGGACUGGUCCAUCCAGAAAUUUCUAGCAGAGUAGGCUUAAGAACCAUAGAUAUAUUUACACUAAAUAGAGAGCUAGUCAGUAAGGCUCAACUCAAAGUAAACUGAGUAGAAGCAGCCUCGACCGAGCUUUCACCAAAAUCUCAUCUCAUCUUCUCUGCCCUAAUCUUCCUUCCCUAAUCUUCAAUGACUCUCACGUGUUCAGACGCCUCCUGCUGCAUCUCCUCCCCGUGUUCGUUGAUGUAUUCCUUCAACCGCACAUACUUCUCGUCCCGCAAGUUGUUGAAGAUCAAGAGGUUCAACCAAAUCUCCAAAAACGAGUACACAAAUACCACGCUAUUACUGAAUAUUCUGUCCUCGAUCAAAUAUGUGUAGGCACACAAGCAGAAGAAGCCAAACAAACGUGUAGGCACUACCGUCUCGAAGUAUUGAACGUUAUCAGCCAUACAUGGGAUCAAGUCGCUUAGGGCGGUGAUGGUCAUAAACAUGGCUAUUAAUCCGUUCAGAGGGCUUUUUUUAUCCACUGGAAUGAUGGGCAACUGCAUGGCUUCGGCCAAAAGUAACACAAAGUUGGAGUGAAUGAGGGACUUGGGGUCGGUUGACACCCAGAACGCUCCUGUGAAAAGGAAGAUGGUUCUUAUGUAUAUCAAAGAUCUGGAGGUUAAAAACUUCAUGUGUCAAGUAAUGGAAAAUGGACGCGCGCAGAAGAGCUGCAAAAUUGGCGAGGGAGAGGCGAGGAUGGGAGCCGACGGCAGAAAGGGACAAGCACUAGGAACGAUUCGUAGUGAAAGGAAUAUGACGCGUGUUUGUUUGAGAGUGUCAGAGCGUUUCAAAACAUGGUGGAGUGGGUGUAUGCUGUGUUUGGUGUUCUUU